AUGAGAGGGAAGAGGGGAUUACUUGCGAGGAGCAGUGACCAUCUUGUUCGUGAGAGUCCUGACGACGGUCAUGCAGUAAGACUGGCGAAGUCUUGGCCUAGAAAUGGUGUCGAAGGGGAUGGGGGCGGUGCGGAUCGCAGACCUUGGAGAAAAAGUACUCCUCCGCCUUCGAAACGCUGGUGGGAGAGGAAGCUGAAGGGGACGGGGCGGUGCGAAUCGCAGGUUUUGGUUCGGGCUGGGAGCAUAGGAGGGAAUAAUAAUUUGAUUAAUAAAUUCCACUAUCAUUUUCUUCUCAAUUCUCUCACUCUCUCCACCGCCACUUCCUCCUCCUCCAAGAUUCCUCUGUACCUAACUCAAAAUCACUUUUUUAUAGCUUUCUCAAAUACCCUUUUCCCUUCCACCCUCAAUUUCCCAUCAAGAUUCUCUCUUCUUCUCAUGGCUUCACUGGGAGCCAUAUACACUGUAGUACUCUAUGUGUUCCUUCUUGCUGCCACUUUGGUUUCUGCUGGGGAUAUAGUUCAUCAUGAUGAUGUUGCUCCUACAAGGCCUGGUUGUGAGAAUAACUUUGUUCUGGUCAAAGUCCCCACUUGGAUUGAUGGUGUGGAAAGCCGUGAGUAUGUUGGAGUUGGUGCAAGAUUUGGCCCUACAUUGGAAUCAAAAGAAAAACAUGCCAAUCACACUAGAGUUGUCAUGGCUGAUCCUCCUGAUUGUUGUAGCAAGCCUAAGAAUAAGCUCACUAGCGAGAUCAUUUUGGUACACCGAGGAAAAUGUAGUUUCACAACCAAGGCAAAUAUAGCUGAUGAAGCUGGUGCUUCAGCCAUCCUCAUUAUUAACUACCGUACAGAACUUUUCAAGAUGGUUUGUGAAGAAAAUGAAACUGAUGUCGAUAUUGGAAUACCUGCUGUCAUGCUUCCACAAGAGGCUGGCUUAACAUUGGAAAGACAUAUUAAAAACAACUCCAUAGUGUCCAUACAGUUAUACUCUCCACUGCGUCCAUUGGUUGAUGUCGCGGAAGUAUUUUUGUGGCUCAUGGCUGUUGGUACCAUUUUAUGUGCUUCUUAUUGGUCUGCCUGGACUGCCAGAGAAGCAGCUAUUGAGCAAGAGAAGCUUUUAAAGGAUGCUUCAGAUGAAUAUGUUAAUGCAGAAAAAGAAAAUGUUGGUUCCAAGGGUUACGUGGAAAUCAGUACGGGAGCAGCAAUUUUAUUCGUUGUGCUUGCUUCUUGUUUCUUGGUUAUGCUGUACAAAUUAAUGUCACACCGGUUUGUUGAAGUUCUGGUGGUUCUAUUUUGUAUUGGUGGGGUAGAGGGACUGCAAACUUGUUUAGUAGCUCUGUUAUCUUGUUUCAGAUGGUUUCAACAUCCUGCACAAACAUUUGUGAAGAUACCCUUCUUUGGAGCUGUCUCAUAUCUGACACUUGCCAUUACUCCCUUCUGCAUUGUGUUCGCUGUUGUUUGGGCAGUAUAUCGUCAUGCAUCAGUUGCUUGGAUUGGUCAAGAUAUUCUUGGCAUCGCGCUGAUAAUUACAGUUCUUCAGAUUGUUCGCAUACCAAAUCUCAAGGUUGGGACUGUUCUUCUCAGUUGUGCCUUUCUGUAUGACAUCAUAUGGGUGUUUCUCUCUAAACGGUGGUUCCAUGAGAGUGUGAUGAUAGUGGUAGCUCGAGGAGGUAAGAGUGGAGAAGACGGUAUCCCCAUGCUUCUCAAGAUACCACGUUUGUUUGAUCCUUGGGGUGGUUACAGCAUCAUUGGUUUUGGGGACAUAAUCUUACCAGGACUUCUGGUAGCAUUUUCACUAAGGUAUGAUUGGUUAGCAAAGAAGAAGCUUCGUGCUGGAUACUUCUUGUGGGCAAUGACUGCUUAUGGUUUAGGUCUCCUCAUCACAUAUGUGGCUUUGAACUUGAUGGAUGGGCAUGGCCAGCCGGCUUUGCUUUAUAUAGUCCCAUUUACACUUGGCACCUUUUUGUCAUUGGGAAAGAAGAGAGGUGAGUUAAAGAUUUUAUGGGCAAAAGGAGAACCAAAAAGGUCUUGCCCGCAUAUCCAAGAGGAUAACCAAUCAUUUAACCACCAUUGAUCACCGGCAGACUUGUAUCCAUAGUAUUAGUUUAUAGGAGAGUGAUAGCAACUCUUAGGAGAUUAUAUAACAUUUGUAACUUUGUUGUACAAAGUUUCAACCAAUGAUGUGAUAGCAUGCACUUAAAUCAGCAGCUGAGAGUUGAGAAAGAUGCCAUCCAACUGUUCUGAUUUUGAAGAGGACCAAUAAAACUUGGUGCUGUAACAUCAUAUUUCUUGAUGGGGAGAUUAUUAAGAUAAAAUCCAUAUACUGGUAGAUGACUUUGCUUCCAUGAGGUAGGGUCUGCCCAAUGCUAUUAUGUCUUUUGCCGAGCAAAUGUCAAGAGGCAGUGACAUGCAUGGAAAAUUACAAAUAAAGAGUGGAAGACUGGUAAAAGGCUGCUAACAAGGAGAAAUUGUUGUUUACUAAGGCAAUAACUUGAGUUGUAAUAUUGGUAUUAUUAUUCCUGCUAUUCUUGUUGUGUAACAUAGAUUUGAACUCCAAGAUAAUUGAAUUUAAUAUCUGUAAGGUUUUCUUCA